CCUUCAUCGCCGGGCCGCUAGUUUAUAGCGGAAAACUCAAUUACAAAUUUAUAUAGAGAUUACCCAUUAGUAAUAAUGAAGUUACACAUCUUAUUAUAUACAGUCCUUGUGCUGUGCAUAACAGAUAUUAUUGGUGCGCCAAGUGAAAAUGAGGCCCAACAUCAAAGGCAGAAGCGCCACAGCCUCAAACAUGGAAGAUGUGAUCCCACACUCACUUACCUCGGUCAAGGCGAACAAAUCCUCCAUGAGAUUCCGAUCAGACGGGAAAAAUUCUUCGUUCGUCCCCGUGCAACGUUCAGACGCGUUGUGCUUCAGUUGCGACUCGACAACGCCUUCUCUCCAAGCAACCCUAAGAUUUACGAACCUAGGAUAGAAUUCGAUCACAAUGAUUUGAAGAAGCUUAAUUUAAAAUCCAGCGAUUGGAUAGAAGUCGUAGCGGAAGCAUACAAGGCCAAGAACAUUUGGUUUGACUACUGGAUGCUGCGUCUCACCGUCCAGGGUGACUGGGUCAAAGAGGUUGAAGUACGGAAGUGGUGGAAAGUUUACUCGUUUGAUUCUUUAGUGAUAUCAGGAGAGGGUGGUGGUGAGUGGUCCUUUGACUGUUUCCCAGAUGAUGCUCUGCCGUUGCCUGAUGGUUAUCAAUCUUUGGAUGAUCUGGACCUUAGCGAUGACAGCGUAUGGAUGAUCGUCGCAAUGGUGGUCGGUACCAUCCUGAUCGUGCUGAUGAUCUCGUGCUCCGUCGUGUAUUGCAGACGAAAGAAGCAGGAUCGGCCAGGCUACGUUGAGAACUUCUUCACUAAGUCCAAGAGCUUCCGGAUGGCAUGUGCCAGAAAUCGGGACGAGGACAUCUACGAGGAGAUCGCCAUGCAGCGACGAAGUACGGUGUUCACGCUCUCGGACCUGCGCCGCUUGGAGGGAAUGCCAUCAGAACCUCCUCCACUUCCCAAGCCUAACGCCCAACGAAAUAACGUAACCACCGUCACAGCCCCUGUGCCCCUUGCCUUCAGUGACGUCCCUGAGCACGAUUGGUAUAAUAGUCUCGAGUCUCAUGCACCUCCCAGUCGAGAGGCCAAGUGUCAGCGACUCGACGAGAUGGGGAGAGACACGUGCACAAAUCCAGGACCAACACGAGUAGAGAAUACGUACUCAAACGCACCGAUGAACACCACAUCAAAAAAUGAUACUUACGUUGAUAUGAGGAGACUGAAUAAACACUGAUUUAUUCAGGUGUUAUAUAGGUGCUGGCUGUUCAUGUAAACUGUAAAGUUACUGAUUACGCACGCGGCACGAACAUGAUAGUAUAGAUGACUUGAAAAUACUGCGCAUUUUACUGUUUUUACUGUUUUGUAUUUUUAUGUAGAUUGUAGAAGUUAUGUCGGAGUUGUACAAUUUAAGUGUAUAAAAUGAAAAAGAAUUAGAAGAAAUGUAUUCGAUUGAGUAUUCUCUAAGUGGAAUUCUAGCAAUAAUCAUUUGUAAUAUACUACAAUUUGAUGCGAUGCUUUAUCA